UUGGCAGCGUACGUUAAAAGUGGCCAACUGGUAUCGGAGGCAGUGCAGAUACAGUCAACAUCAUGACGAACAAUCACUAUAAACGUGUUUUACUCGUGGGAGUGUGCGCACUUUCUCUUCUAUCGCUAUCAAGUGGUGCGCUAACAGAUUGGCAAGACGAAUUAGACCAGUUCGUUUUGGAUGUGAUGCAAUGUCGUAACGUACCGGGGCUGAGUUUAUCGGUGGUGCAGGACGACCAGAUAUUGCUCACCAAAGGAUACGGCGACCAAGAGAGAAAUCCCACCGUCGAGGCGCAUGCAGACACGGUGUUCCCAAUCGGAUCUUUGACAAAAUCUUUUACAUCGGCGUUGAUUGCCGAUAUACUGAGCGAACAAAGCAACGUAACAUGGGACACACCGAUCAGAUCGAUACUCGGGGAGUCCUUUUCCUUGUACGGCUGCGAUAGGACAGAAGAGGUUAGUUUAAGAGAUCUACUAAGUCACCAAACUGGUCUUCUCGACGACGAGACGCUAACAAUCAUGGGUCUCGACAUAGAAAAGAGCGACUUCAUAAAACGCAUUCGUUUUCUGAAGGAGAAGUAUGGAUUUCGGAGUCGGUUCCUUUAUAGUAAUCUCAUGUACACAUUGGCUGGGCUAGUUGCAGAAUCUCUCACGAAAUACAGCGAGCAAUCAUGGCAAGAAUUGGUAGACAAACGCUUAUUACGACCCCUUGGAAUGACGUCUACCAAAAUGAUCAGUACUAUCGAGAAUCUGCGCACAGUUCCCGAACUGGCUGCGGGUUAUCGGGCGACCUCUACCGGCGAAGUAUUUCCUAUCAGCUUGGACACAUUGACGAUCACUGACAUAGUAGCCCCCGCCGGGUCCAUCCUGUCAACGGCGAACGACAUGGCUCAGUGGUUGUUAUUUCAACUAAGCGGCCGUUCCCGUAGCAACCAACAAUUGGUAGAUGAAGACUAUUUACGAGAGACGCAGACGGCACAGGUAUCCAUGCAAGAACAGGGUGUUCAUAGGAAUAUCUAUCCAGUGGAUGAUUCCAAGACAGAUUAUGCAAUGGGUUGGACGGUGGGUACGUACAGAGGCGUUAAAAGACUGAGUCACCCUGGUAACAUUGCUUGCUAUAAUUCUGAUAUGUGGAUCUUCCCAACUGAGAAUUACGGUAUAUUCAUCGCGAUGAAUGGACCAAUGAAUGACGUAGAAGCUACUCGUGCCAUCUCCAGCAUCGGGUGGUUCAUUUCGGACAAAAUGACGGGCACAGAGCCCUGGCAGGACAGCGAAUCGGCAUGCAACUUCUGGAGCACCUUAGCAACACCGCAACCCGAUUUACCAGUAGCAGUGCCCUCACCGAUCGCUUGGAGCGAAAUUGAACUGAAUGAAUACACUGGAACGUACGGUAACAAUAUGUACGGUUAUUUAGAAAUUGACAAGGCGGAAGACGAAGACGGAAUUGAGCACCUCCGCUACUCGUACGGUACGUUUGGCACUGGUAGGCUGUACCGCACGGCGACGCUACACACAUUCAAGGCGACGUUGAACGGGGAUUUGUGGUACUACAGUGACAGUAUGCAUUUCAAUAAACAAGAACCGGAAGGUGUUUACAUGAAAUUCACAAACUCCAACCAAAACAAAAUGGGCACUCUAACUUUCCCACUGUUGGUGUCAAAGGGUAACACGAUUCAAGGGCCGGAAUUCAAGCGCGGCCUGACAGUGGCUAACCCUCGGACCUCACCUUAUGACAACCUUCAGUGUUCAAAAACUACUUCAGGGACAGAGUCGAUCUACAAGCCCGCCGAACAACUCAUUUUUGCCAUAAUGUUAUUUGUCUUGUCUUAUGUUAGUGUGUAGUAUGUGCAUACAUUGACAUCCAUUAUGUGACGUGUAUUUAAAGUGGGAGGGUCGUCACCUGCGCACGCGCGGGAAUUGAGUCCCAAGCGACGAUAACAACCCACGCUAAAAACACAAAGGCUCAUGGGUAGACGUGUCUUUGUAAACAAUGACACGCUAUGGGCAUCUGACGCAUGCGCAGGUGACGACCGACUCCCCCGCUUUAAAUAGUGUUAAAAUACAUUGUAACAUUCAACUACUUUAAUCAGAGACGAACCUCAUCCAUUCUGGCGUGUAUUAUCUAAGGUAAACAAGUAAGUAAGUUGUCGUAAAAUAUGCAUGUAAUAAUAAUGUUCGUGUAAAGUCGUUUUUCAAGGGGUAUAGUCCUCAACUUUAUCAAGUUAAAAUUGUACUCGAGUGUCACAAGUUAUUUUUAUUCGAUGUUAUAUUGAUCGUCGGAAAAUUGUUGCUACAUUGAUCUGCAUGUUCACAAACAGCGCCACCCAGAG